ACAACACGAAGAAGAACCGGGUCGCAAGAAGCAAUAACAAACAAACCUAGCAGCAAGCUAACGCAACCGAACAUACAGGCAAAGUGUCUCCUUUACAGUGGACAAACCUAGUAUUUGUUUAUAAACUUCUAACCGUGUAUGAUACGAUGUACACGGACUACAAAGAAGACAUAUAGUAAUCUGUCACGGAGAAGAGUUAACGUAACUGUUUAGUGCAACUGCAAGCGACUAAGGAUGGUUCACCUUAGUGUGUUGUGUGUGGGAGCUCGAUGGAGUGUCCUUAUAAUGGUUUUCUUCAGCGUACUGGUUCCCUCACCCACACAUGCCUAUAUCUAUGCUCAUUAUAGCAAUAUGACCUCCAUGUUGUUUGAGGACCUGCCUGCCUUGUUUGGCACCCCACUUCCUAAGGAUGGACUAAUGGGAAUUUUGGUGGUGCCUCGUCCACUUAAUGGCUGUACGGCAAUAGACCCUCCUCCUCCAUUGCCACCAUCUUAUGAUGCCAACACCACCAAAUUCAUCGCUCUCAUCAGACGCUAUGAUUGCAAUUUUGAUAUAAAGGUCUUGCACGCACAGCAAGCUGGAUACAGUGCUGCAAUCGUUCACAACAUGUAUUCAGACACUCUGCUCAAUAUGAACUACAGCAACGACACUAUUGCAGAGGAGAUUGAAAUCCCCUCUGUAUUCACCAGCUACUAUGCCUCCCAAAUUCUCAGGAAUUUCAUAAUUCCAGAACAAGGGGCCUAUGUGAUCCUCAAGCCGGAGUUUGCUUUUCCACUCUCAUACUACCUUAUUCCCUUCACUGGAGUAGUUGGCAUGAUCAUUCUUGUGAUGUGUGUCGUCUUGAUUGUACGAUGUGUACAGUACAGAAAAAGGAUGAGGAAAAAUCGUUUGUCCAAGGAACAACUGAAGCGGAUUCCAACCCACAAGUUCCGUAAAGGGGAUGACUAUGAUGUGUGUGCCAUCUGUCUCGAUGAGUAUGAAGAAGGAGACAAGCUGCGAGUUUUACCUUGUUCACACGCCUACCACUGCAAGUGUGUAGACCCGUGGCUCACACAGACCAAGAAGACGUGUCCUGUUUGCAAACAGCGCGUCACUCGGAACAACCAAGACCACUCCGAGUCUGAGUCUGAGGAGGAAACUGGGGGACGUGGGGAGGAAGAAGGGACAGAGGGUGAGGCAGACUCAGAGCACACUCCUCUGCUUCGGCCCUCCAACCCUGGGUCCCCUUCAGGGAGCCCAGGGGCCUAUUCAGCUACCACCACCACCACUACUGCCCAGUGCCUCGCCUCCCCUGUGCACUGCGACUCACCUAUCCUUGUAUACGAAGGCUACCACUCACCCCAGGAGGACACAGACUCAGAAAGCGAUGACCCAGGAGAGGACAGGCACCACACUGAUGAUGACACUGCUCAGCUUAUUGGUAGGGAUAGAGUAGAGAUCUGAUGGCUGGAACUUAGCUGCAAUGAAAUAACAGUUUUACCUAAAAAAGGGUCUUUGUGUCAUCAGGCAUGGUGUUAUCACACUGUACUUUAAAAUAUUUUGCAGAGUUGUGGUUAGCUAGACAUUUAUUGUAACAGAAUAUUUUACCCAGUAACCAGAGGAGGUCUACGCGUUGGUGUCAAAGCACAUGUGGCACUUGCAUUGAUCGGUCUGACCAAAAUCCAACAUUGAGCAUCAACCCACUUCUAUACACACAUUCACUCCAGUACUCCUAUAUUUGUCUGUAGACCUCCUUUGUUAAUGCAUGUUGUAAUUCAUAACUUGACCACACCACAUGACCUAACCACUAGUGCUGCACAAAAUGAAUGGGCCACUUUAAUGUCUCAGUAAUCUAAUGUGCUGUAUAAGUAUGAGAGUGAUUCUAGUAGAUGAAGCCUGUGUUGCUAAACAGAAUGAGUUCUGCGCUCACACUUAAAGUGAAUCUUCUUGGUUCCCUAUGUAAGGUUUAAGUAGGGUUAGUGCAGUUUUAAGACUCUCUGUUGUCUUAAUCAUAAUUGUUUUAUAUCUGACAGUCCUUUUCCCAGCUUUGAAUCGUUUCCUAACAAGGAUGUGCAAGUGGAGGGGAAAAUGUUUGUCUUCAUUUUAUUUUUUAAUCCCCUUAGCUCUCUUUUCACAUUUUUAAAGCUAUAUUUCAGUUCUUUGAAAUGUCAGAUUUUUCUCCAAUUCCAAAGUAAAUUACGCUAUAAUAGAAUAUUGCAAUGAUGUUAUACAUUUCUGCUGCUUUUACAUUGUUAUUGAUAAUACCUUAUGGUCAGGUUAAGACAGAUAUUUUUAGCUUUAUGCAGUUUGUCAAGUUGAACAAACUCAGGUUUAUAGCAACACAUUAAAGGUCAGUUGUUAUGGUAACAUUGAGAAUUAAUGGGUUUUGGUCUUAUGAAUUGUUUUAGCUUUUUGUUUUUUCAUUAAAUCAGCAAUAUAAAUUCAUGAACAUUUAAUGGAUGUUUUUCCUUUUUUUUUUUUUACACAACAGAAUGAAACCAUGUUGAAUUGUGGGAUCCUGGAGGGGUUUUUUUUAGGGAAAAAGAGCAUUGCCUUACAUUGGCCUUGAUGUACAUGUGUAUGUUAAAUUAAAUGUUUGGAAAUUGAAGGGACAGGAUUCACACUCCUCUGUUUUCCCCUUGUCUAGCUGUAUUUAAUAUUGCUGGUCAGAAAGCUUUGACCUUGUUCCCUGCUCUGAAAAUGUGCUCCACAUUUGUUUUUAUCGCGACGAACAUGAAAGAAAGCCUGUGUUUCCAUGUGUUUUGUGCUUGUAAUGAUACAGAUAGCCAGCUUAGACAUGCUUGAUUUGCACCUGAACAUUUGGACAAACACUGUUAUACAAGAUAUGGUAUAUUUCUCUGCUUUAUAAAAUGAGCUGGACAGGGUCUAGGCUGUUGAUUUAUAUAAAGAGCAGUGCAAAUAGAAACCUUAGCCAAACUGUUUCACUGCUCCAAAUCCUUGAUCUGAGAAAACUACAGUUUUUGUUUUUAAUGUAUAGUAACCUUAACUUUAAAGUUACUGUCAUAUGUAAUAAGAGUGCUCCAGAUGUUUUAUCAAUUAAAAUAACAUGUCCUACUGUAUAACCUCAACUUCAAACCUAACUUAUAUCUAUACCACAUCAGAUAAGGGACCAAACAUAUCCCCCAAACACCAUGACUGCAUGUGAUAACAGAGGAAACCAUGUGCAUGAUGCAUAUACACUAUGUGUCUGAGGAUUUGUUUUCAGUAAGUUGCAAUUUGAUGUGUGAGUGUUAAAGAUGGGAAUCAGUCGGACUGAAAUCAUAACAUUCCAUCUUUAUAUUUUACUGAUGAUUGAUUAAAAGACUCCACACUAUCAAUGUUUGAUUGGGACUAGUUGGCAAUAUAGACUGCAUUGUAAAAUAUAACAGCUGUUUUCCUAUUUGCAGUAUGCUUCAAAUGUCUUUUGUACUGUACUUUUUUUGUCUCGAUUUUAGAGACUUAACUGAAACAAAUGGAAAAAUAUAAUCCCCAAAUCGUUCAUUUUUUCUUCUUUUAGAAUGUGCCUAGUUUAUCACAUUUGAAUAAUAAAUGUACUGUGUCAAGUAUAAUUUUCAUGUUUAAAGCAGGUUUGAGAAUCCUUUAAUGUCUAAAUAGUCUGUGGAAAGCUGCAUUUAAUGUGUGGUUUGUGGAAGAUUAAAUGAUAUUGAAAUGGGA